AUGGAGCAGAUCCUCAUUUACGAGCUCAUGCCCAACAACGACCUUGAGAGCUGGAUUGGUCUUGAUGUCCCUGACCCUCUUUCACUUCGCCAAAGGCUGGACAUUCUGAUAGGAGUGGCAAAUGGUUUGAAAUAUCUUCAUGACUUCGGCAUUGUACAUCGUGACAUCAAGCCUGCCAACAUUCUCCUUGAUGCAAAAAUGCAGGCCAAGAUUGCGGACUUCGGACUUGUGAAGUUAAGUGGAGGCACCGCUUUGGGCGAGUCUGUAGCGGCCACUAAAGUGAUGGGAACACCAGGCUAUGUGGACCCUGCCUACUACAAGUCUCACAAGGCCACUCUAGCUGCAGAUGUGCACAGUUUUGGCGUGGUGAUGUUGGUGGUUAUCACGGCGCGCAAGGCUGUGCAUGUUACAGGGGACAACCAGAUCAGUCUCAAGCAAUGGGUGAGACACAGUGAACAAUGGUAUCCCAAGGCUAGCGGAGUCGUUUCCUAG